CCCCGCCAGAGCCUGAGCCUGCGAGCUCCGGGAUGCCUCGCUACGAGCUGGCUUUGAUCCUGAAAGCCAUGCAGCGGCCUGAGACUGCCACUGCCCUGAAGCGCACCUUACAAGCUCUGUUGGAUAAAGGCGCAAUAGUGCGAAAUUUGGAAAACCUGGGUGAAAGGGCACUUCCAUAUAAGAUCUCCAUACAUAAUCAACGCCAUGACAGAGGAUGGUAUUUCUUGGUGGAUUUUUAUGCACCAACAACAGCUGUUGAAAGCAUAAUGGGACACUUAAAUCGAGACAUUGAUGUGAUCAGACCGAAUAUUGUGAAACACCCACAAACGUUAGCAGUGAAAGAAUGUGAAGGCAUCGUUCCUGUUCCUUUUGAAGAUAAAUUAUAUUCCAAGAAGAAAUAAAUAGAAGAUGUGGCUGGUUUCAGUCUUAUUUCUAUUUCACUGACAAAAAUGCAUCAUUUGUUAUCAAUUCACUCAUCUUGACUUUUAAUUGUAUAAGAACUUUGUAAACAAAUGGCAAGUGUACCUUUAAUUGUCAAAAGUUAAUAUAAUAAUAAAAUUGAUAUAAUAAUAAUAAUAAAACAA